CCAUACCGCCAUGACUGUUUUUCUCACCCUCCAACGGAUCAGAAGGCAAAAAUAAAACCCAACAAACAGAUAGAAAUCCAAAAACGGAACCUGAAUACGUCAAAAGCUUGAAACUUCUUCAAUACUGGUGACAGAGUGAAACCAACGAUAUCUUCUCCAACAGUCAUUAGAAAAAAAGAAGAAAAAAACUCUGUUUCUCUCUUUUUCUGUAAGCUCCAGUUCUGUUUAUUCGAUUCAACUCAGUAAUGGAGAGUUUGGCACUGAGUUAUGAGCUCCGAGUUGCGAUUUUCAGUAUGAUAUCUCCGCUCUUGGAUCCUCCUCCAUUUACUGUCACAGACAAGUCUUACUUGUAGUGUUUCGCUUUCUCUUUUGCGUUCUUAUGCUCGCCGUAGCUGUGAUCUCGCUGUUGAUUCCUUGAAAUCUCUCAGAUCUAACCUGUAUUUUCUAAUAAUCAACGGCGUCGGUGAUGUCGGUGCUUGCAGUCGUAAAUACCAUUGAAGUAUCAAGAAAUAUCCGCUGUCUGUUGCUGCAUCUUUUGUUUUUUUCUUGUUAUGCAAUUACCACUACCGAUGCCAACUUGGUUGAUGAUCAACACUUCAAGGAACCAAUUGUACUUCCAAGCAGACUGCCUGCCGCUGCACCUGCUAUUCAUGAUCAGCCUCUCCCAGCCAAGCUUCCGCAGUUUCGUAAACCACUAAGAAAACAUUUAUCACCACUUGGUGCAUCAUCAAUCGCGGAAGCACCAGCAGGACCUCCUAAUUAUGGUCCAUUAGUAACUUCUAGUCACCCCCCUACUAGUUCAAAUUUGUUAAAAACAUCAAUAAAGAAGAACGUUUUAGUGCCUCCCAGUGUUGGAUUGCUAGACGUUGCACCAACACAAUCCAAAGCUGGUGUAAAUGCUUCUGGUUUAGCUCAGCCACCAUUAUCUCCGUAUGUCUCUGAUUGUUGCAAACCUAACAUGGUGAUGAAACAAGGGAGUCAUAAUUGCCAUUGCGUGUAUCCCAUAAAGCUUGACCUUCUCCUUUUGAAUGUCUCACAAAGUCCUAACUGGGGCAAAUUUCUGCAAGAAUUAGCUUCCCAGCUUGAUUUGCUAGAUUCACAAAUUGAGCUUAUCAACUUUUAUGUUCUCAGCUUGUCAAGAUUAAAUAUUUCUAUGGAUAUUAUUCCUCAUACGGGAAUUGGCUUCUCUGCCACUGAUGCGUCUUCAAUAAAUUCUUCACUUGCAUUACAUAAGGUUCAUUUCGACUCCACCCUCGUGGGUGAUUACAGACUCCUCAAUCUUACCUGGUUUGAACCUCCAGCCCCUUCCCAAGCUCCUAGCGUUGCUUCAUCCCCUGUGAAAGCACCAGCACAUCAAUUUGCAGCUUCCUCAUCACCCAGUGCUUCAGGCAGAGGCAAACAUUCAAAUCUAAUUCUUAUACUCAGUAUUGGCGCUGGCAUUGUGAUUAUUUCUAUAAUACCUAUGCUUAUAAUUUGCUCAUGUGCAUUUUGUGAAGGAAAGCCUGAAGGAUCUCCUAAAAGAACUGUGAAGCCAAGGACUACGGAUGCAGUUCCAGCAGGAGGGUCUCUUCCACAUCCUAGCAGUACACGGUUUUUAGCCUAUGAAGAACUUAAGGAAGCAACAAAUAACUUUGAACUUGCAAGCAUACUUGGAGAGGGAGGGUUUGGUAGAGUUUUCAAGGGUGUCUUAAGUGAUGGUACAGCUGUAGCAAUUAAGAGGCUUACUAGCGGAGGGCAACAAGGUGAUAAAGAAUUUCUAGUUGAGGUUGAGAUGCUUAGCAGGUUGCAUCACCGGAAUCUUGUGAAGCUUGUGGGCUACUGUACUAGUCACGACUCUUCGCAAAAUCUACUGUGUUAUGAACUUGUUCCAAAUGGAAGCUUGGAGGCCUGGCUACAUGGUCCUCUGGGGGUAAAUUGUCCUUUAGAUUGGGACUCUAGAAUGAAGAUCGCACUUGAUGCUGCAAGAGGUCUAGCAUACCUGCAUGAGGACUCACAACCAUGUGUUAUCCACAGAGACUUCAAGGCAUCCAAUAUAUUGCUUGAGAACAACUUUCAUGCAAAAGUUGCUGAUUUUGGACUUGCCAAACAGGCACCUGAAGGCAGAGCAAAUUACCUUUCCACCCGUGUCAUGGGCACAUUUGGGUAUGUAGCCCCUGAGUAUGCUAUGACUGGACAUCUACUGGUAAAAAGUGAUGUUUACAGCUAUGGAGUUGUUCUCCUUGAGUUGCUAACAGGGAGGAAACCUGUGGAUAUGUCACAACCAUCUGGGCAGGAAAACCUCGUCACUUUGGCCAGGCCAAUUCUUAGAGACAAGGAUAGGCUAGAAGAGCUUGCUGAUCCAAGGCUUGGGGAAAAAUAUCCAAAAGAAGAUUUUGUACGGGUUUGCACCAUUGCAGCAGCUUGUGUUGCCCCUGAGGCAAACCAACGACCCACCAUGGGUGAAGUGGUCCAAUCGCUUAAAAUGGUGCAACGUGUCACAGAAUAUCAGGAUUCUAUGUCAGCCUCCAAUACCCGGCCGAACAUGAGACAGUCAUCGGCUACAUUUGAGUCUGAUGGGACAUCUUCAAUAUUCUCUUCAGGUCCUCACUCUGGUCUAAUUGCUUUUGAUAAUGACAACAUCUCUCGCACAGCAGUCUUCUCAGAAGAUCUUCACGAAGGACGAUGAAUGCUUUCAAAGUUGGUUAACCUGGAUCCUUCACUUAAUUUGAAAAGCCUUCAUAGUCCAAUAAUACAAUCCAAGGAAUUAGAUUAAUUGAAUAUAGCAAAGUAUUAGUAGGAAUUCUUUCAGGUAGUAUCGAAGGUGUCGUAGUUGUGAUUGGUGGAGCUGGGAGGGGAGUUUCUUGGCUGUGCCUUGUGGAAGACCGCUGCAAAUUUUCCUAAAGGCGGUGGUUAUUCUCUACGUGGUUGCCAACAUUUUGUAUAUACGCUAGCUUUGUCUUAUUGGAUUGCCCUGUUUGGGUUCUUGUUUAAUCUUCUUUUCUUUCAUCACGCUAUCAAAUCCAUGCAGUAUUUUCCAGGC